AGGCGCUCUCGGCCGCUUCUCUAUGACCGCCCAGGACUGGCGUCCCUGAUGUUUACAUCGGAGCCUUCAGGGCUGGAACUCUAGUCUUCAGCCAGGAGGCACAGAAAUAUCCGACCCGCUUGCCCUGGCUUUGGGGGCAGGGGUCCCACUAGGCUCGCCAUGGCACAGCAACGGGGGGUCAACAGCCUGCGCUUCAACCAAGACCAGAGCUGCUUCUGCUGUGCGAUGGAGACCGGCGUCCGGAUCUAUAACGUGGAACCUCUCAUGGAGAAGGGGCACCUUGAGCAUGAAGUCAUCGCAUCGGGGACAUCAUGCAGUGUUGUGGCUUUUUUGGGGGGUGGGGUUUCCCCCACUGGCCAGUUGGCCGUCUUGAUCUGGGACGACGCUCGCGAAGGGAAAGACGGCAAAGACAAGCUGGUGCUGGAGUUCACCUUCACCAAGCCGGCUCUGGCCGUCCGCAUGAGGCACGACAAGCCAGCGGUCCACGAGGGACUCUGUGAUCUGUCUCCAAGCCUGGAGAAACAGCUCCUAGUUUUCCCCGGGCACAAAUGCGGUAGCCUGCAGCUGGUGGAUCUCUCCAGCACGAAGCCCGGGACCUCCUCGGCCCCGUUCACCAUCAACGCCCACCAGAGCGAGAUCGCCUGCAUCUCCCUCAACCAGCAGGGCACGGUGGUGGCUUCGGCCUCGAAGAAGGGGACCCUCAUCCGCCUCUUCGACACCCAGACCAAGGAGAAGCUGGUGGAGCUCAGGAGGGGGACGGAUCCUGCGACUCUGUACUGCAUCAACUUCAGCCACGACUCGUCCUUUCUCUGCGCCUCCAGCGACAAAGGCACCGUCCACAUCUUUGCCCUGAAGGACACCCGUUUAAAUCGCCGUUCAGCGCUGGCGCGCGUGGGGAAGGUCGGGCCCAUGAUAGGCCAGUACGUGGAUUCCCAGUGGAGCCUGGCCAGUUUCACCGUCCCGGCUGAGUCCGCUUGCAUCUGCGCUUUCGGCAGGAACACCUCCAAGAACGUCAACUCAGUCAUCGCUAUCUGCGUGGACGGCACCUUCCACAAAUACGUCUUCACUCCAGACGGGAACUGCAACCGGGAGGCCUUCGACGUCUACCUGGACAUAUGCGACGAUGAUGACUUUUGAGCCCAGCUCGGCCUCCGUGCCCAAAUGCUGCCAGGCCUCAGGCCAUUUGGGAGGUUGGCCUGCCACAGGACUGGGGUAAAACAGAACAAGGCAUGCUGGGAACUCCGCUAGGCUCCCGAGGCAUGCUGGGGUGACCUGAUGAGUCGUUUCUCUCAACUCCCUCCGUGGAGGUCCUUUUAGGAAAAUUCACUGCUACAUUUGCCUCCCGCAGUGCCGGGGAGAGGCCUAGGAGGUCGAUGUUUUUGGAGACACCGUUUCCGAGAGACUGUUCAGCCUGGAAUUUCAGAAGUGGGAGGAGCGAGACUCUUUACGUUUGUUCCGUCUGGACGGUCUCAGCUGUUGGGAGACCAGAAGGGGUGUGUGUGUGUCUGUGUGUGUGUGGCAGGUGAGACCAUUAAAGUAGAACUUCC